AUGUCGUACACAUUGGAAUGGCUCCUGGGCCGCGUGCGAAGUUCCUUUGAAUUGGAAGGGGCGCAGGUGGAACAACUGGAGAACCAGCUACGGGCCGAAGGGGGCGUGGCCGCAAAGCCCAGUGGUGGAAAAGGCGUCCCCGGCAUCCUCGCCGGUGCCGUGGGCGGUGACAGCGGCGCUUCACACGCGGGCGAUGGCCGCGCGGGGGCGAAGAAGUCGCAAGGGAACGACAUGCUGAACAACGCCUUGGGAGGUUCGAUGGCUGGACAGCUGGCACUGGGUGCCAUGUCUGGAGGCAGCCUCCUCGGCAUGCCCGGCGCCAAGUCCGGCGCCAGCGCGGCCAGCGGGCCAGCGGCCACGGCGGAGGGCACGGAACAGGCGGAAGUGGCGCAGCAGCUCACGGGCGAAGGUGAGGAUGUGGCCACGGUGGCUGACACGGCACAACAGGAGGAAGUGGAUAAACAGGAGAUGGAAGAAGGCGAAGGCCCACCGGAAGGGGACGUUCAAGAGAUGAUGGGCAAGGCCUCCAAGGAUUUUUGGGGAGUCAUCCUCUCCAGACACGUCUCCAGCCGCGGCGUGGGAGAAGGGCCGGUAUCCCCGAUGCCAUUUGGGCUCAGUGAACCGAACCGAUGGGCCUAUGGCGAUUCGCCAUUGUGGGGGCGGUGGCACUGGCAGACAGCCAUGGCAUUCCUGAUCGGGGCCAAUGAGACCUUGACAGAGUUGGCACAGCAGCUGGUGAGGGCCAAGAGGGAGUGUUUGAGUGCUACUGUCGACUGCCUCCCAGCAUUGAAGCAAGUGCGCUACAGGGUGUGGCCCUUCGUGCGAACGUUGAUCCCUGUUCGGGCCAGGCCGCUGGAACCCACCGAUUUUCAUCCACAGGUGCUGAAGGCGCAGGUGACCUGCGGAGCAACAAAUCGGAGUCUCAUCUUUCAACACACCUGGAAGGCAGCUGGUUGGGCCAUCAUGGAAAACUUACGCAGCAUCAGUAGCGAAUAUUCUGAACAACGUGCCAUGGAGGACAACUACCGCUGGUGUGAUCAGCUCGCAAACGUGGAUCGCGCGCACAGCCACGUUUUUACUUUCGUCCGGGAGCCCUUGGAGCGCUUCGUGUCAGGAUUUGCGGAGAUCGAGCGAACCUAUCGCAACCCGAACUUCGAUUUCUUUCGACUGGCUGAAACUGGAAGCCACGAACAAGCCCAACUCUUUAUCGAUCGAUUUUUGGAGGACGGCGUCAUGUACAAUGGCCAUGUGAAGCCGCAAUCCGAGUUUCUUCCUCCAUUCUCAGCCAGCUGUGGUCUACGGAUGGAUUUCAUUGGAAAGGUUGAAGACCUGUCCAACGACUGGUCUUCGAUCUUGGCCUCGCAGCAGUGCUAUGGAAAUCCUUUCCGCACCUGGCUGGGGCAACAUCCCACGCAUCGAGAGACCUUUGCCAUGUCCUCCAUCUUCGGGGUGAAGUUAUACGAGACUAAGAAGGCCGAAACGGCCAUGCACUCAGUCUUGAAAUCCAAUGACAGCGUCUAUCUCCGAGCAUUUUGCUGGUUAAGCUUGCCAGACUAUGUGAUCUUCGACUAUCAACUGCCCCAGCAAUGCCAAGACGAAGACAUCUUGGAAGUGCUACAGAUCCUGCAGGACAUGUGGGACCCCCAUGCCAUGGGCGUUGGGUGGCAGCGAAUGCGAAAGCCGAUUGAUCGCUCCACCUUUGGAGCUGAGGGCCAUGGCAAUCUCCGGGAAAGGCUCCAGAUGUCAGCGUGGCAGAUUUGUAGCUCGGAGAAAAAUGAGCCUUCACAAGUGGUGACGUGUUCUGGUGAUUUUUGGUGCAUGGUGAUGAGGUAUAAGUACUACGGCAAUCGUUUGGCGCGCAGGGCUCGACAGGCGGCAAUUCUAGCAGAUAAAGCGGUGCAGGAAGCCUGGAAGCAGCAGCAGCUGGCGCGCUACUGGACGCGUCAAGCCCUGGAAGACGAGGCAAAGGCCAUGCGGGCCAUGCGCAGCUUGCCACCGCCCAAGGGCGAUCCAGAGCAGGACACGUGGCACCUUCACGUCCCCCCUGGCUGGGAGCUGCCCCCGGCACCAUUGGUGUCCACACGCGAUCCGCGCAGUGUCUCCAUCUAUUCGGGCAGCUUCAGUGAGCCUUUGCUUGCGGCAGCACCAAGCCUGCCGUGCUCGAGACGACGGAGAACGCAAGUAGCGGCAUUUCUCGUUGCGGUGGCGUGA